UGUGUUAACAGCCGGCCACUGGUAGCCCCGGCGUAAACAACGAGCAUCUUUUCAUCAACCCAUGCACUUUGCCUUUUCUUAAGAUAUCGACCUUCUGAUUUUCAUAGCUUACUUCCUGCACGAUUACAGAAAUUUAAAACGACAAACAGAAACGUGUUACGAUGGAUUUGACGUAGUGAUUUUGCAAUCACUGGAGAUUGCGCAUCUGGAUUUGGCCGAUGCAACUAGCAUUAGCUCGUAUCUCGUAUCUGGCUGAGCUGCGUUAGCUCCAGGCAACGGAGCUGCUGCUAGCUUGAGAUUUUUAGCCAUUACAGUUGACUGGGACCAGAAGUGAACCGAGCCAUCCCACUCGAAAAUGUAAACCUAACAUGGCCUCGAAGAGACGGGAACUGGCUGUGCCAGCAAUGGCAUUACCCCUCCCGGCUUCUGUCCUCCUGGUUUUGCUGUUGCUUGAGCCACUGGUGUGUCAUGCAGGUGACUGUAAGGGCCACAGACAAGUACUUAGGGGUCCACCUGGAUAUGUCACAGAUGGACCAGGAAACUACUCUGUCAAUGGGAAUUGCGAAUGGCUCAUUAGAGCUCCUAGUAACAGUCACAGGAUUGUCCUAAAUUUCACAUUUAUGGACACAGAAUGUACCUAUGACUAUCUGUUUGUUUAUGAUGGAGAUUCUUACCAAAGCCCGCUUCUUGCUAGUCUCAGCGGCAACACUCUGCCACAACCUAUUGAAGCAAAAUCUGGCAAGAUGCUGCUUCAUCUUUUUAGUGACGCCAACUACAAUCUAUUAGGCUUCAAUGCCACUUACACUUUUUCCCAGUGCCCUGGAGCUUGUGGUGGUCAUGGCCGCUGUGAAAGUUCAACAUCAAAAUGCCAGUGUCAACAGGGCUGGGGUGGAGCAUCUUGUACAACACCCCUAUGCUCUGCGGCCUGCUCCAUUCAUGGUCAAUGUGACAAGAAAGGGGAGCGGUGUCUGUGUGAGCCAGGCUUUAUUGGCCACAGCUGCCAACUUGGUCUCCGAGAUGAUUAUGGUGUAGGGCAGUGGUGGCGUGUGAGUGAGGGCAACCCUUACACCCCUCCUAGAACUGGUUCUGCUGGGGUCUACCUGUCCUCAACUGGAUCCAUAUACUUGUUUGGUGGCUUUGACCUUAACAGGGCUCUCGGUGACUUAAUCAAAUACAACAUCACGUCUAACCAAUGGGACAGCAGAUCUUAUGGUCACUCCCCUGUGGCUCGGCACUCCCAUACAGCUGUAGAAUGGUUUGGUAAUAUGGUUAUCUUUGGGGGCGAAUUGGCUAAUGGCUCCUUGGCCAGUGAUGUCUGGAUGUACCGUCCACUUCAAGAUGAUUGGCAGCAGCUUGGAUUUUCCUUUUCACAAGGUGCUCCUAAACUGGCCAAUCACGCUGCAGCUGUAGUAGACAGCUAUCUCUAUGUUUUUGGAGGUCGCACUGAAGAGGAUAUGUUUUCUUCCUCUUUGUAUCGUUUUGGCCUACAUGGUUCGGGCAGAUGGGAGACUGUUGAACCGACAGGUGGGAAACCUCCUGCAACUGCUGGUCACUCAAUGGUGUUUCACAGCCCAUCAAGAACACUGCUGGUAUAUGGUGGGCACAGACCCACCACUGCCAGGUUCAGUGUGAGGGUGAACAACACUGAUAUAUUUCAUGUAGACAGACGCUUUUGGACUUCCUUGCGUUCCCGCUUUCCAACCACAGGUCCCAGAGAAAGAGCCUUCCACUCAGCGACAGUCAUUGGAAACUACAUGGUCGUCUAUGGAGGAAAUGUGCAUAUUCACUACCAAGAAGAAAAGUGUUAUGAUGAGGAGAUCUUCUUUUAUCAUCUUGGCUGUCACCAGUGGGUCUCUGCAGGGGAGAGCUCAUUGCAUGGUGGCGAAACAGUGAGAGGUCGUUACUCACAUGUUGCUGCUGUAAUAGAUGGACGAGUGUUGCUUGUUGCUGGCGGUUACAGUGGCGUUGCCCGUGGAGACCUGGUGGCAUACAAAGUACCAUUGUUUGUCACUAGUGAUCAAGGUGACAGGGAUGCUGUCUGUGCUGAGGCUCUGGAUGAAAGUAUGUGCCUUAAAAACCCAGAAUGCAGCUGGUGUGAAGGUCGUUGUCGAGAGUACCAGCCUACAAAUCCGUGCGGAAGCACUGGUUGCCUGGGAUUGGCACGUUUCCUGUCUGACUGCCAAUCUUGUGUGGUGUUCAGUGGCACACCAGCCUCCUUGGCCCGUGCCCCUGGUGAAUUUGGCUGGUGUGUUCAGAAUGAGUCCUGCUUACCUGUGUCAGAGCGAAGUGCGUGCCGCGUGGACCAGAUCUCAGGGGCGUACGGCUGGUGGGGGGAGCGUACCCUUUUCUUAACCUCCCUCCACUCCUGUCGCACCGAGAACUAUGUCCCGGGACUGCACCUGCUCACCUUCCAGCACCCUCGCAACGACUCCCAGCCUGACAAGGUGACUAUUCUCCGCAGUACCAACAUCAUCUUAAGCCCUACCACUGAAAUGGACGUAGCGCUACAGUUCAGGGGCUUUAUCCACCCUCUCUGGGGGGCACCUCCACCUGCUCCUCCUCCAACAGAGACUGUUUCAAUGUGGGCUCGCAUACAGAGAUUACAUUUUGAGGCUAGAGUGGCGUCAGGACCAAAUUCGAGCCAGCUGGAGGUGGUGGGUCGUUGGGCAGCCCAGCAGGAAAGAGAGUCAAAGCUUCUGGCACGGUCAGAUGGAAGCAGACUGUUUUCCAAUCUAACCAGAGGAAACCAUUACCUUGUUCAAGCUGAAGGGUAUCUUAAUAACUCUGGCUCUGGACAAACGAGUGAGAUGGCUUUAAUCUGGAACAGAACAUUGCCCGGUGGAAGUGAGAUUUCCUUCCUUUUCCUAGAGCCUUAUCGCUCUGGAUCCUGCUCUGGCUACAUGUCCUGCCUGGCCUGUCUGUCUGAUCAGUCUUGUGGCUGGUGCCCCUCCUUGUCUCGCUGUUUGCUCCGUGACAGUCCAGAUUUAGACCCAUGUCCCGAAGCGGAUGGCAGAGUUGGUCAGCGCCAUCUGCUGUUGGCUCCACAACACUGCACACUGUGUGAAGAGUACAGAGACUGCUCAGCUUGUACUCAGGAUCCUUUUUGUGAGUGGCAAAUAAACUCCAGCAAAAAGGGUGACUAUCAGUGCAGCCGUCGUGGAAGGUUAGAUGGCUCCAUACGUGAUCCAAAGGGAUGCCCAAAAGUCUGCAACCAGAGAAAAACAUGUGGAGAGUGCUUGUCUAAUUCCAGCCAGUGUGCAUGGUGCGAGUCUGCCCAGGCCUGCUUCUACUUUGCAGCGUAUCUCACAAAAUACCCCUAUGGAGAAUGCAGGGACUGGUAUGACAGUGUUCAUUCAGUUCCCCAGUGUAAGCAGUGUUCAGCUCUGAGCACCUGCACAGACUGUUUGCGGACUUUCCAAUGCGGCUGGUGUGGGGAUUACAAUAAUCCUACUAUUGGAAAAUGUCUGAGAGGAGAUUGGGCUGGAAUGGAUGACCCUUCAGUGUAUAAUUGCAGUGUUGCUGUGGCUGAAGCUCGGGCUGCAAACCCUGAGCCCCAAACAUCAGCUCCUCCUCGACCUUUGGAAAUGGAUAUUGACCUUGAACACCUGGAAGAUGAAGAUCAGGAUGCCAUCUGGUCCUACCCCACCUGCCCUGAUGUAGAAGAAUGCAGACUGGGUCUACAUAACUGCCACCCCUUUGCUACCUGCAUUAACACCCCAACAUCAUAUGAGUGCCACUGUGAAAGAGGGUUUACAGGAGACGGUACAUUGCAUUGCAAUCAGACCUGCUACAAUGAGUGUCGUGAGGGUCAGUGUAGUGGCAGCCCACGUUUUGAGUGCGAGUGUGCUCUUGGAUGGACAUCAGAUCCAGCCACACUCGUUCUGAGUGGUGUCGAAUGUGAUGUUGACUGUGGUUGCAAUUUCCACUCCACAUGUAUUACCGCACCUGGGAUCUGUGAUGAAUGCCAAGACUGGACUACAGGUCCACACUGCGAGCACUGUCGUCCAGGCAGUUUUGGCUCAGCUCUGGCCGGAGGAGGUGGUUGUGUGCCUUGUGAGUGUAAUGGCCAUGGUGACCCACUGCGAGGCUACUGCCACAACCAGACAGGCCAGUGUUACUGUACACACCAUACUCAGGGACCUCACUGUGAGACCUGUCUGCCUGGCUACUAUGGUGAUCCCAGAAAUAAUGGCACAUGCUACCGCCAGUGUCAAGGCCGUUCUGUGCUGCUCUCACCCACCUCCACAGCUCUUCCUCUGUCCUCUUCUUUGGGCUGGCGAAGUGGUACAGAAGGAAGAGGAGGUCUUUCACAUUGCUUGUGGGUUCUUUCUGUAACACCAAACUUAGCCCCCUGUUUGCCUCGACAGCUCUGCCCCCCAGUAGCCCUCACUCUACACCCAGACUCUCAUACACAUUGCAAAAACUCUUAUGUUUACGUCUUUGAUGGCUUGCCUCGUUUUCUGUCCAAUGGUGUGGUUCACUCGGAUCACAAUUUGAUUGGGGCUUUUUGUGGUACUACCAGGACUGAGCCCAUAACUGUGGAGGCAACUUCUGGUGUAAUUUCAGUUUAUUAUGAAGCUAAUGUCUCUUCAAACAAGCCUCAAGGAUUCAAUGCCUCCUUCUGGAUUCACCGGUGUGACUCAAUCACUGAAGACGAGGCACCAGUUUGCCCUGGUGAAGCACAGUGUGUUGGAGGGGUCUGCCAGUGCCCACAAGGGUUUGGAGGACCACGCUGUGACCGACCUAUAUGCCAACAUGACUGUGGCAUUGUAGAUGGACGAGGAAUUUGUAAUACGACUUUGGGAGUCUGUAUGUGUUCACAUAGCUGGGCUGGCUCUGACUGCUCUGUUCCUCGGGACUCCAACAGUCUGCUUUGGGAAACACUGCUAGACACACAACUCACAGCGAACCAAGCUCACAGGUUUCUCCAAAGAAUGGGACACUCUCUAUUGUCUGGACCACAAGGUAAUCUUUGGAUGUAUGGAGGGCUGUCACUGUCAGAAGGCAUACUGGGAAAUGUGUACAGAUACACUGUUCCUGAGCAUCGCUGGACUCAGAUGCUAACUAGCUCAGUUGAAGAGGGUGCAACUCCCAGCCCACGCUAUCAUCAUGCCUCUGCUCUGUUGACCAGCUAUGACUUUGGAUCUGGAAGUCACAGCUUUAUGCUGGUCGUAGGAGGGGUCACUCACAGUGGUGUUGCCAUGGAUACUUGGAGUUUAAACCUCAGCAGCUUAGUCUGGCGAGAGCACAAGAGUUCAGUUCUCCCCCCGGUGGCAGGUCACACUCUGACAGUCCGUAGAAACUCUUCUGUGCUGUUAAUAGGGGGCUACUCUCCAGAAAAUGGCUUCAACCAUCAUCUGCUUGAGUUCAGCCCUUAUUCUGGAAACUGGACUAUUGCUCCUCACACUGGCACACCACCUACAGGUUUGUACGGCCACUCAGCAGUUUACCAUGAGCAAACAGAUGCAAUCUAUGUUUUUGGAGGCUAUCGCUUUCAUGUGGAGACUGUAGAGCCCUCAGGAGAACUUUAUAGUUUGUACUAUCCCAACCUGACCUGGUCUUUACUUGUUCCAUCACAGGGUAACAGUAAAAAGUUAAUUACUCUUGCUAUGACCAGUGUACAUUUUAAUAGUGAGUUACCAAGUUUAAUAUUAUGUUUUUGGCAGCCGCUGUCUCGUUUCUUCCAUGCCGCUGCCCUAAUUAAAGACACCAUGGUGAUUGUUGGAGGCAGGACGCAAGCAGAGGACUACAGCAACUCUGUGUCUUUGUACCAGAUCAACUGUAACACUUGGAUACAACCAGUUUCUGUUGUGGGAGAUCCAGUAAAUCGUUCAGUGUCUCUUGCUAUGACCAGCUGGGGUGGUCUUCUUUUCUUGUCUGGGGGCUUUAAUGGUGUCACCCUUGGAAGACUACUCACUCUUACUGUCCCUGCGGAUCCUUGCGCCCUUCUGCCCACACAAGAUGCUUGUAACACCACUACUGGCAGUUGUAUCUGGUGUAGAGGAACCUGUGCCUCUUCAGAUAUUGCAGAGAGAGUGGGCUGUUUCACUGGGCAGUCUCCAUGUUCCCCAACCCCACGUCAGGGAGAUCAGUGUCGAAGAUUGAAGACCUGUAGUGAAUGUCUUGCUAGGCAUCCCAAGACAUUUACAAGUCCAUCUCAGCCUGCUCUACAGUGCAAAUGGUGCACAAAUUGUCCGGAGGGUGCGUGUAUCAGCAGUUCGGUGAGCUGUACAUCUGAACAUGACUGUCGGAUCAACCAGAGAGAGAUAUUCCUGUCCAGCAACUGCACCGAGACUAGCUGUGAAGCCUCUGACUGCCCGAAGUGCACUGCCUCUGGGAAAUGCAUGUGGACACGCCAGUUUAAACGCACAGGUGAAACAAGAAGAAUUCUAAGUGUAAACCCCACAUAUGACUGGACGUGCUUUAGCUACGCCUUGCUCAACGUCUCCCCCAUGCAAGUGGAAUCUUCUCCCCCUUUGCCAUGCCCUCCACCCUGCCACACCCUCCAAAAUUGCAGCCUCUGUCUUGGCUCGCGCGGCUCUGAUGGGGGCUGGCAGCACUGUGUAUGGAGCAUGGCUUUGCAGCAGUGCAUGAGUCCGUCUUUUGUCCCACUGCGAUGCGAAGCGGGUCAGUGUGGUCGUCUUCUCUCUGGUGGGGACUCCUGCUCUCCUCAGUGCUCUCAGCUCACUCAGUGCUCACAGUGCAUCGCUAGACCUCAAUGUGGUUGGUGUGCGGCAAAGGGAGGGAAUGGGGCUGGCCGCUGCUUACAAGGUGGACUCGAGGGUGUCAGUGAGGGGGUGUGUCCUCAGAGAAACAGCAGCUGGUCUUUUCUGCGCUGUCCGAAGGAGGAUGAGUGUGCUAAUGGGCAUCACCAUUGUAACAGUACCCAGGAUUGUCAUGACUUGCCAGAGGGAUAUCAUUGCACAUGCAAGCAGGGGUACAUCCUGAGCAGUGUUUCAGGCCAGUGUGAGCCAGUGUGUGCCCAAGGCUGUGUUAAUGGGACAUGUGUCUCUCCUGGAAUUUGUCAGUGUCACUUUGGCUUUGUGGGAGACAACUGCUCUUCUCAGUGUAGCUGCAACAAACAUAGCAAUUGUGCAGGCGUGAACAAGCCAGAUGUUUGCCUUGAGUGUCACAACAACACAAUUGGUAAACACUGUGAAAAGUGCAAGCCAUUGUUUGUGGGCUCUGCCAAAGGGGGAGGAACUUGUCGUCCUUGUCGAGAAUUUUGCAGAGGAAAUAGUGCAAUAUGUCUAUCACAUGAUGAGCUUAAGAAGGCCCAGGAAAAUCCCAGGCUGUUCUCUCUGGAUCCAAGCAGUAUUCAGAAAUGGGUCUCUGAGGGCCCAACAGAAGAAAAUGCAGUGUGUGUAAACUGUCAAAACAAUAGUGUUGGGGACCAGUGUGAGAGCUGCCUCAGUGGAUACUUUCUGUUGCAGGGGAAAUGUGAAAAAUGUCAGUGUAAUGGGCAUGCAGACACAUGUAAUGAACAUGACGGCACUGGCUGUCCCUGUCAAAACAACACUGAGACAUCGUCUUGUCUCAGUAGCUCACAAAGUGAUCGCAAAGAUUGCUACAGGCAACAGUGUGCCAAAUGCAAGGACUCUUUCAACGGCACUCCUGUAAAUGGCCGACAAUGCUACCGUCAGUUCAAUGUUGACACGGAGUGCUGCUUUGACCCAACAUCACAGACAAACUGUUUUCAUGAUCCCAGCAUCCGUAAUCUACCAAUGGGUCGCACUGUGUUCUUUGCUGCCCAACCAAAAUUCACUAAUGUUGAUAUUCGGGUCACAAUUGAUGUAACAUUUGGUGAGGUUGAAGUGUAUGUGUCCAAUUCCCAUGACACCUUUAUUGUGGAUGUGGAUCGCAGCACAGGUAUUCAUGCCAUCAGUAUCGACAGAGGAGAGGAAUCUGCAACUCGAUUAACAACUACUGGGAUUGACAAGGAUUCUCCUCCCUCUCCUAUUAAAGUGUAUGCAAAUGCAUCCUCCAGCCUUGGAGGUCCUGUGCUUUCUCACAACCCCUUGCAGCUGCAGGCCAAGCCUCCUGGAGGAGAUAGAGAAAUUCGGGAGGAAAGAGCAGAAGGACUUAUUAGCUACAUCACAGUGUGGAAACCUCAAACUGUUUUAAUUGUCCGUGGUGUUCGGGAUCGAGUGGUCAUAACAUUUCCCCAUGAAGUGCAUUCUCUCAAAUCCAGUCGUUUCUACAUUGCUCUUAAAGGGGUUGGAACGAAGGAUCGAUAUGGAGAGUCACAGGGACUUCUGUUUUUGAGGCAGGACCAAGCUCAUAUAGACCUUUUUGUCUUUUUCUCUGUUUUCUUUUCCUGCUUUUUCCUGUUCCUGUCAGUUUGUGUGCUCUUGUGGAAAGUUAAGCAGUUUCUGGAUUUCCGCCGGGAGCAGCGUCGCCAUAUCCAAGAAAUGACCAAAAUGGCAUCAAGGCCUUUUGCUAAGCUGACUAUAUACUUGGAGCCAGAGGAGCCCCAGCUUGUAUACUUGCCUUCCGCAGGUGGAGGUGUGGGGGGCACUACUGUAUCUCUCACUCAUGCUCGCACAAGCAAAUUAGGGGGUGUUGUGCUGGGGCAGAGAGGUCGUGCAGGAGCAGUCACCUAUAAACACGAACCAGGCUCUGGACCCACGGGUCAUCAUCACCAUCACCUGGCCUUAGGUGGAAGUGGAAACAGUGGACAGCACUUACCAUUGCAUUACCUGAACACCCACCACUACGCCAGUACCGCAUCAGGCACCCCCGGGUCCCACCACCACCAUCCGUCCACAUACAGUGGUUAUCAGCACUUCUGCCGCUCUGACCCCUUCCUAUCCCAGCUCAUGGGCUUUUCGUACUCCUCCUUUAAAGUGGGGCCUAUCACGCUAGAGCCCACAGAUGAUGGCAUGGCUGGCGUGGCCACUGUACUUUUUCAGCUGCCUGGGGGUCUCUUGGCCCCAAAUCGUGCCUGUUUGGGCUCAGCACUAGUUACCCUGCGCCAAAACCUGCAAGAAUAUUGUGGCCAUGGCAACAAUGGGGGACAUCCAGGGGCAGGAGCAGGGCGCAAGGGUCUACUUGGGCAUCAGCACCUAACCACAAUGGCAAUGUAAGCUAUAUGAAAAUGAAGUGUUUAUAGAUAUUAAAUGCAUCUCUGAAGGAAACAAGGUCAAAACUAGGUCAGCAUCUGUUGUUAGCAUUAUGAACAAAGUUGUACACACUGUAAUAAGUGUCUUUUUUGUUGUUUUGUUUUGCUUAACUGUAUUUGACUGCUUCGCUUGAUCAAGCCGGCUGUCUCUACAAUGCACUUCAACUGCUAAGUUAAUCAACAAACAAGUUGCAUCCUAUCUUUAAUAACAUGUGCAAGAGGGCAUGCCUGAUAGUCAGCCUCACAGACAGGCUGAGGCUGGACUGUUGUUUGAUGUGAGUGGCAUUUGCUUGCAUAAAAACCAACAUGUGCUUUAUACACAAGGAAGUGACAAUCAGAAGUACCAUUUCAAACAAGUGACUUGUUCAGGAAAAUGGUGAGGCUUUUGAUUGUCAGUGCAAGAGAAAUGGUGGUCAAGAGAUUUAGAAUUUACUGUGUGACAUCAGACGCUUCGUUGAACACACUUAAAUCUCUACAUAUUACUGUAACUUAAUUUAUUUGUUUUCUUUUUUGCUAUUCUGCAAUCACUUCUUGCCUUGUCAGUAAGUCAACUGGCUGCAGUUAUUUGCAAAGUGUGUGUAAAAGUGAAGAAAUAAUGUGACAUUUUCUAGUAUGUGAUCACAUUGUUGCUGGUAUGUGGCUAGUUUAUCUGAGCUGCUUUCUGCUGGUACCCUGCUUGUAGAUGAUUGCAUACGUCAACCAUAGCUACUAAUCAUACCUAGCUAGAAAAGGUAUUACAAAAACACAGAAUGGAUGUUCUUAGUCUGUGUAAUUACACUGUUAAUACUUUUGAGUUUUUGUUCUCCUGGUGAGAAAUAUUGAGAAACUUGACAGCAAUUAAUUUGCUUUAAUAGAGAGACUGAACUUGCUCACUGUUUUGUUACUGUUAUAUUUUCUUUUUGUUAUCUACUUUGCACUGCAUGGAGGCAGAUAGCCCCUAAUUUCAUAUGAAAUACUAUGAGUAGGUGAUGAUCAUUCACCAUAAACAGUGAGAGGUGCUUUUGGAUAGUCAGAAGUAUUCCCAAAAUUAUUGUAACAUCAUCAAGUCACCCACUCACAGCCCUCGAAGAAUAAGCAUUACUUUUAUUGUGAAUGUUCUGUUACAUAGGCCUACCAUAUUUUGUACAUACAUUUGUGCUUUGAAAUAAGGGAGCAGUGUUGUAAAAAAUGUGCAUAGUACAGACUCUUUUUAGGGUCAUAAAAUCUAUAUGAAACAA